AUGAUAAAUAAUGUAUUAUUCAAUCGUAUUUAUCUGGUAUUUAUCUUAUUAAGUACUCAAUGUUUAACAUUAAAACUUCGUUCAAUUCAAUUAAAUAUGUAUAUGACAUCAUCAUUUGAUUUUUGUAUGCGUUACUUAACAAAAAAUUCUAUGACUGGUUGUUCAUCACAUAAAUCAGGUAAUCGUGGUCGAUUAAUUGAUAUAUCAUCAUUAAAUGAACUUAUAUCAUAUAAAUAUUCAUAUCCAAUUAUUGUUCUUAUACCUGCAAGAAAAGAUAUACUUGAUUUUGCUAUAUUUCAUGCUCCAAUGAUUGUUGGCAUACUUAUCGAUGGAAAAAUUAUGAAUAUAACUGAUAAACAUUUUACAGAAGUAAAUACUUGUCCAGAAGAUUUAAUUGGCUUAUCAAUAUCAACAAAUUGUUCAAUUAGAAAAAAUAAAUAUGGUAUUGAUUUUCGUAGAAUAUUUAUUGAUAAACCAAUUUUUUUAUUAACUAAUGAAACAAUGGUUGAUAACUUAAGAAAAAUUAGUUAUUUAUAUAAUCAACAACAAAUAUCUAAAGGAAGAUAUAUUAAUGCACAGUUAAAUUUUUUUUGGUUUAUAAUGAAAAUAAAUAGGAAUCUUUUUUUCUAUAGUAUGAAAUCAUAUCCAUAUGGUAUUAAAAAUGCUCAAAUUUGCAAUCGUCGAUCGAAAUCAACUUAUUUUGGUAAAAUUUUUAUCAGAAAUUAA